CACUUCCAUGAAGAUCUUGUGUUAAGAGAAGAGACUGCCUUGUUAUUCUGACGUCGAUUAGAGCAUGUGAUAGUGCCAACAGAUCUUCUAUUGCUCAGCCGCAGUUGUGUACGUGUGUAACGGUAGGCUGCAAGGCUGAUUCUCUUAGCCUCAUGUUUCUCAAAUAAUUGAUUGUGACACCAACCUUAUCCCCACCCAGUUUUGAGUUGAGAGGCUACUUCAUUCUCACUCAUACUCUCACAUGUCGGUAGAAGAUUACAGCGCUGCUCGUCGGGGCGUUCUGCAAGAUGUUGCCAACGUCAACACUACAACUCCACAACCAAACACAUUACCCGGCGAGGAGACUAUCGAUUACAAGGUCGACCUGGUAGAUAUUCGAGAGAAGGAGCAAUGGGGUGAUACACCUUUGAUCACUCUGACCCCCAAUCGACACCAAGCAAAAUCCACAGCAAAAUACGAGGACUAUGUUCUGGUUUUGCGAAGAAAGAUUGGCUUGUCUGGCCAGAAACGCUCAACAGACCUCGAAGUUCGAUCACCUCACAUACUGAAAGCAUUCCGCACUGUCUUGGGAGAUUAUCCUUCGAUGAAUUUCGAUUCCACCCUUGUCGCUAUCCCUAAACCGUACGCGCCGCUGUUUCAUUACCGCCAAGAACUCAGGGAUUAUGCCGCCAAUAGUGCGAGAACAGUGGUUGAGAAAGAGCACCUGGAUGUGUUGAUCAAGUUCAUGGAGAAGAACCUUUCGCAAACCGAACGUGACUUCGGACAUGCUGAGCCGUACCAGAUGGUCUCUUAUCCUCUGCUCUGGACACUGUUCAGGCCAGAGGAGGUUAUAAUAGCUCAAGGAGAUCACUACGAUGAGUGUUACGUAGUCGACAAAUUUGAAUACGUCAGCGAAGUCCACCAAGGCACCGACAGCGAUAUGACACCAUACUUCAGAAUCGAUGUAAAGAGAUGGGACUACAACGGUACACGUUUUGGCAUGUCUGAGGAGAAACUCAAGAUCAGGGAGUUCGCUACAGCGGUCAAAAUCGACACCUUAAUGGUCUACCCCAUUCGGUUCCACAAGAAAGAGCCCACAGAAAGCUUGAAAGAGAGAUUGAUACGAAGAGGGAGAAAGUGGAGGGAGAUCUUAGAAAAGACUCACAUGCAUUACAAUGCAAUCGCUUGGUCAGAGCCUUCCUACGACCGUGCAGUUCAUAUCAAUGCGCUGGUCCCAGGCCAUGUUUCAGGACGAAUCAUGUUAGACUACGAGACACACGCGCAAGCUGCGCCCCGACUUGCGACCUUUCUUUCGACCUCAGGCGCGACAAUGGAGUACGACGGCAAGUCUCCAGAUAACGAAGAAAAUGAUACGGCAGCGAACCUUACCAUGGCUCGCAAGGCCAGUGAUAAGGAAAACAAAUUCAUGUCUCAUCUGAACACUCCAGCUUAUGAGAUAUCGAAUGAGCAAGCACUUCUGUGCCCCGCUAGAGUGAGAGGCUACUCCUUUGUGGAGAAGACCUGGGCUUUCUUCAUGGUAGACGAGGUAAAGGAGAUAGAUUGGCACCCAGACGCGUUCGGUAGUCUCGAAUUGGAUAGCAGAAUGAAGUCUGCAAUCCUCGCGAUGGUUUCAGCGCAUCGAAACCAGGAUGAUUUCGAUGAUAUUGUACCAGGGAAAGGAAAGGGUCUUGUGUUCCUACUUUACGGCAAGCCCGGACUUGGAAAGACGCUGACAGCAGAGGCUGUCGCUGAGCAUACCAAGAGCCCCAUGUACUCCAUAACCAGUGGUGAGCUGGGAACGGAGGUCGAGCAGACAGAUUUCCAGCUCCGUACUAUAUUCUCCCGAGCAAAGGCGUGGAAUGCAAUCAUACUGCUCGACGAAGCAGAUGUCUUCCUCGCCAAAAGAAGCGCGACCGACCUCAAGCGGAACGCUUAUGUUUCAGUGUUCCUUCGCCUGAUCGAAUAUUACAAAGGCACCAUGUUCCUGACCACGAACCGUCUCGAAGACUUCGACAAGGCAUUUGAGUCCCGAAUCCAUCUAACCAUUCGCUACGAAGCGCUCGAUAGCACCCGUCGUACCAACAUCUGGAGGAACUUCCUGAAGAAAGUCGGGUCUGGACGUUGGGACGAGGAGACAUUAUCGCGUCUCGGAACAGAGUACGCACUGAAUGGCCGUGAGAUCAAGAAUCUUCUAAGAACUGCUCUUGCAAUCUCGAAAUACGAAGAAGAGGAGUUAUCGGAGAAGUUGAUCCGGAGGGUGUUGGACCUUUCAAAGGAACAUCUGCUUGGGGAUGGUGCUUAGUCAUUCUAAUGCCAGCACGAACCACACUAAGCUCCAGUCUGACUUUGGGCGUCGAAGGCGCAUAUUCUUCUUCUCUUUCAUUCGUGAUUCCGUUAUCGGUGGUAAAAAAUUGCAAAUGGCGAUUUUUUUGCUUCUUGUGCAGUCAUGUAUGUGAACGUCAGCGACAGGCGCGCAUGCGCAAUAAUGUGGCAUACCAUGACAUGCCACUGUCAAGGCGUUGGGUGGGGAGACAGGCAUUGGGUAACGUGAGAAGGCAGCGACUAGCCGAGGCAGCCC